AAUUAGGAAUCCAGUUACGCAAAUGAGUAGUGUUGAGAUAACUUAAGGCAGUUAUCCAAUUGAGAUGAACAAAGAGCAUCAGUGAUAAUAUAUCUCUGUAUUGUUUUUGAAUAAUAUCUGGCUAUGGAAAGUAAGAAUAUUGGAGAAGGAAAGGUAGUAUGUGUAACAGGGGCAUCUGGUUACAUAGCUUCAUGGCUGGUCAAGUUGUUGCUACAACGUGGAUAUACUGUCAACGCCACUGUUCGGAAUCUCAAGGAUACAAGUAAAGUGGAUCACUUGCUAGGCCUUGAUGGAGCGAAUGAGAGGCUGCAUCUAUUCGAAGCAGAGUUACUUGAAGAGCAAUCGUUUGAUCCUGCUGUUGAUGGUUGUGAAGGUGUCUUUCAUACAGCUUCACCUGUUUUUCUCACAGGGAAAUCUAAGGAGGAACUUGUGGAUCCUGCUGUGAAAGGAACGUUAAAUGUCCUUCGUUCAUGUGCCAAAUCACCAUCUGUCAGAAGAGUUGUGAUAACUUCUUCUACUGCUUCUGUUAUAUGCAAUAAAAAUAUGUCAACCCCUGGUGCUGUGGCUGAUGAGACUUGGUAUUCAGAUCCUGAAUUCUGCGAGGAAAGAAAGGAGUGGUAUCAACUCUCCAAAACGCUGGCUGAGCAGGCUGCUUGGAAAUUUGCAAAAGAGAAUGGGGUUGACUUGGUAACGCUCCAUCCAGGUUUAGUCAUUGGUCCACUUCUGCAGCCUACGCUCAAUUUCUCUUGUGAGGCUAUAGUGGACGUCAUAAAAGAAGGAAAAGAGGCAUGGUCUGGUGGAAUAUAUAGAUUUGUUGAUGUUAGGGAUGUUGCUAAUGCACAUAUUCUAGCCUUUGAGGUUCUUUCAGCAAAUGGAAGAUAUUGUUUAGUUGGGGCAAACGGAUACUCUUCUUUGGUUUUGAAGAUUGUUCAAAAGCUUUACCCUUCCAUCACUCUCCCUAAGAAGAGAACAACAAAGGCCGAAGAGAUGUAACAAGUUCACAGUUACUGAGUAAUUAGAAGUUUUGUAAGUUUCAAAGAUGGAUUGCCUCUUACCCCACACUUCCAAGUAUCGAGUGAAAAAGCAAAAAGAUUAGGAGUCAAAUUCACAUGUCUUGAGUUGAGCGUGAAGGAUACUAUUGAAAGCUUGAAG